AGUUUUCAGGUUGGUAGUACUGAACAUACAGGAAGUUCAUUUUAGUUGCGCACGUGACGUCUUUUCCUUUAAAAUCGUGCUGUCUAGAGAACGCAAUGGGACGUUACUCUCACGAACCGGUAAACGCGACCAAGUCGUGCAAAGCACGGGGUUCUAAUUUGCGAGUGCAUUUCAAGAACACACAUGAAACAGCGCGUGCCAUCAAGAAUAUGCCUCUGCGAAGGGCGCAGAAAUAUUUGAAAAAUGUGAUCGAACACAAGGAGUGCAUACCAUUCCGUAGAUUCAAUGGCGGUGUUGGCAGGUGUACUCAAGCAAAACAGUUCGGUACCACACAGGGUCGUUGGCCUAAAAAGUCAGCAGAAUUCUUACUGCAGCUAUUGAAAAAUGCAGAAAGUAACGCCGAUGUUAGAGGACUGGAGAUUGACCGACUCGUAAUUUAUCAUAUUCAAGUGAACCAUGCUCCUUGCUUGAGAAGGAGAACAUACAGAGCUCAUGGUCGCAUCAAUCCUUACAUGAGCUCUCCGUGUCACAUUGAAGUAAUUCUGACUGAGAAGGAAGACUUUGUUGUUAAGAGUCCAGAGGAAGAGCCCUCCAAAAAGAAAUUGAGUAAGAAGAAGCUUGCUAGGCAAAAGGAAAAGAUGAUGAGAGAAUAACUUUAUACACUAAGUGGAUAUUGAAUGUACCGUGGAAAAUGAAGAUUACACUGUUCUCUAAA